CGCGGGGCGCCCCAGCCAUGUUCACACAGCAGCAAUUCCAGCAGCAGCUGCUGCAGCUCCAGCACCUCCUCCAGCAGCAGCACCACCUGUAGCAACAGGGAGGCCGGGGUUUGCCACCACCUCAGCAACAACAAAUGUUGAACUUACGGGCAACAAAUCAAGCCUCACUCCUCAAUGCCAAUCCAAUGCUUCAGCGAGCUCUGCUCAUGCAACAAAUGCAAGGAAACUUAAGAGGAUUUAACAUGACAGCUCCAGCUCUGCAACAGUUUUUCCCUCAGGCUACCAGACAUUCCCUUUUGGGGCCACCACCUGUUGGGGUCUCAUUAAAGCCAGCUCAGCUGGGCUUCCCAGGCCUUCCAUUCCAGCGUCAGAAUCGAAUGUUUCGUAAGGAUUACCAGAGGGGCCCUGACAGGAAGCGAGAGCUGGAUCAGGCAUCCUCAUCUCAGCCACAAGGAGUUGAUGAGAAAACAGAAAUCUCAGAAGGUACCCAGGCUGGAUCAGAACAGAACAAUUCCUCACCCACAGAAUCAAAAAUUCCAGCAGAAUCCAUACUGGACACUGAGCCUGCAGCAAAGAGACUGAAGAGUGUGGAAGAAGUGCCCAUACUAGAGGAUGCUGCAGGCAGCCAGGAAGCAGAGGAGUCAAGCAUUGAAACCCAGGCAGAUGGACCAGGCAGCGUGAAGGAGAAUACAGCUGAAGAUGCCUCCAAGGAGAGAAAUUUCUCUGGGGAACUGAAAGUUCCAGAGGUAUUGAGUUCGGGGGGUGCGUUGAAAGUGACUAUUCAGCAGAGCAGUGAGAGCAGAGCUAUCAGCACCACAGCCCUGAAGCCAGCACACUGGGCCUGUGACCUGGGCACAGCUGAUACCAGUCCUGAAUCUGUCCUUAAAUUCUUCUGUUACAUCUGCAAGACCGAUUGCUGCAACCAGCAGAAUUUCCAAUCCCAUAUGGCUGGUAUUCAGCACCAGCAGCGACUUGGGGAGAUUCAACACAUGAGUAACGUCUGCUUUGUCUCGCUGCUUCCCAUGGUGAAGGAGCAGACGUUGAUGGCUAAGAAAGAUGGAGAGAUCCAGCAGCGAUGGUGUAAUACCUGCCAGAUACACUUUUCAGGGGAUCUAAUCAAACAUCGAAGGACCCAGGAACAUAAGCUGGCCAAACGCUCUCUCCGUCCCUUUUGCACUGUCUGCAGCCGCCACUUCAAGACCCCUCGCAAGUUUGUGGAGCACAUGAAGUCUCCGGAGCAUAAGCAGAAGGCCAAAGAGGUGAGGCUGGGCGAGAAAGAGCUAGGUGGGCCAGAGGACUCAGAGGAGCUAAUCACAGUCGAUGCUAUUGGCUGUUUUGAAGAUGACGAAGAUGAGGAGGAGGAGGAGGAGGAGGAAGGAGCUGGUGAAGAAGGCGGCUCUGAGGUGGUGCAGACAGAGAAUGAAGAUCCUGUCAUCAACCAGGUUGGGGUGAAGGAAGAGCCUCCAGAGGACUGUGAAGGAAAUGAGAUUUACUGUCCAGAUACCCCCUAUGGCCUGGAUUUUCUGGUCCCCGUCGCAGGUUACCUCUGCAGGCUGUGUCACAAAUUCUACCAUAGUGACUCUGCUGCCCGGGUCACACACUGCAAGUCUCUGAUGCAUUUUGAGAACUUUCAGAAAUACAAAGCAGCAAGGCAGUGUGCUACAGCAGCAUCCAUGGAGACCUCUCUGUGCUCACCGGGCUCUGGUUUUCAGUCACCUGAUGUCCAGCAGCAGCCCCCGGCUGUUAAGACAGAAGAUGAAGCUGAGACCGUGAAUACCCAUCACGUCCCAGGAGAGGAAAUUACAGAAUUGGCAUUAAAAGAACAAGCCUCCAUGUCUCUAGAGAAUAAGAGUGAGCUGGGCCCCUCUGGGAGAAGGGCUGAAAGCCCAGCCAGUGAGACUGAUAUAUGUGGAGCCCUGGUCAUAGAGGAGGAAGGAAGUCAGGAUGAGAGUAGCAAGUCCCCCACCACUAGUGAAGACUGCCUGCUCUUAGAUGAAGACAAGGCCACAAGGGCAUUGCUGGGACACAGUGUAGCACACAGACAAAGAGAUGGCACAUACCAAGCCCAGUACCCAAUGAGUGAAGGGGAUUCUGAACAGGAGGCAGCAAGCAUCACAGGCCAGGAGAAAGAGGCAAAUAGAUGUUCUUCAGUCCCAAAAGCAGCAGCAAGUCUAACCCCAGCAGGGCGUAGACGUUCUGUUAGACGCAAACCCAGAUAGAGCAGCUUUAGAGCGAGAGCCGUUUGCAUACAAUAUUUGCUGGAAAUGUUUAUUUUCGGAGUCUUUUAAUAGAGCAAAAAACCUUCCACUUCAAUGCUGUUUUUACUUUAAAAAUAAACAAACUUGGCUUUAGUGUGUCUAAUA